GGCCCUGGAUGAAGACCCAGCAGCAGUGGACGUGGACCAGUAUGAGCUUCCAGCGCUGGCUGAUAGCCUGAGGGGGUACCUCCAAGACCUGGUCUCUCCCAUCAUACCUGCAGUGGUGUACAGCGAGCUCAUGUACACAGCCCAAGAGACCCAGAGCAUGGAGGAGUGCGGCCAGCAGCUGAAGAGAAUCCUGGAGUCCCCCAGCAUGCCCCAGGCCAACCACCAGCUCCUGGUGCACCUCACCCGGCACCUGAGCAGGGUGGGCCAGAGUGGGGCGCAGGGCCAGGCGAGUCCCAGGCUUCUGGCCCAGGCCUACAGCGAGGCCGUGUUCAAGCACUCCCACUGCAGUGCGGACGUGAACACCGAGCACCAUGUGAAGAUCCUGGAGGCUCUGAUCGUGGCUGGAGGCCUGACUGAGAUGCAAGCCGCCCCUGCUCUUCCUCCUAAGCCGGCCAAGCCCAUGACGCCGGUGAGCAGUAACGGGGUGAAGGAGGGCGCCAGCCAAUCGCUACAGGAGGCCGAAUGGUACUGGGGAGACAUAUCGAGGGAAGAGGUAAACGAUAAGCUGAGAGACAUGCCAGAUGGGACCUUCCUGGUGCGGGACGCCUCCACUAAAAUGCAGGGUGACUACACGCUAACACUGAGGAAAGGUGGGAACAACAAGCUGAUCAAGAUCUACCACCGGGACGGGAAGUACGGCUUCUCGGACCCGCUCACCUUCGGCUCAGUGGUGGAGCUGAUCAGCCACUACAGGCACGAGUCUCUGGCCCAGUACAACACCAAGCUAGACGUCAAGCUCAUGUACCCCAUCUCCAGAUUCCAGCAGGACCAGCUGGUGAAGGAGGACAACAUUGACGCGGUGGGGAAGAAGCUGCAGGAGUAUCACAAUCAGUAUCAGGAGAAGAGUAAAGAGUACGACCGGCUGUACGAGGAGUACACCAAAACCUCACAGGAGAUUCAGAUGAAGCGGACGGCCAUCGAGGCCUUCAACGAGACCAUCAAGAUCUUCGAGGAGCAGUGCCACACGCAGGAGCGCUACAGCAAAGAGUACAUCGAGCGCUUCCGCCGCGAGGGCAACGACAAGGAGAUUGAGCGGAUCAUGAUGAACUACGAGAAGCUCAAGUCUCGGCUGGGCGAGAUCCACGACAGCAAGAUCCGGCUGGAGCAGGACCUGAAGACCCAGGCCAUGGACAACCGCGAGACCGACAAGAAGAUGAACAGCCUGAAACCGGACCUCAUACAACUACGCAAGAUCAGGGACCAGUACCUUGUCUGGCUCAAUCACAAAGGUGUGCGUCAGAAACGAAUUAACGACUGGCUGGGGAUCAAGAAUGAGAACACAGACGAUGCCUACUUUGUGAGCGAGGAGGACGAGAACCUGCCCCACUACGACGAGAAGAGCUGGUUCGUGGGGGACCUGAACCGCACGCAGUCCGAGGACCUGUUGCUGGGGAAACCCGACGGAGCCUUCCUGAUCCGCGAGAGCAGCAAGAAGGGCUGCUACGCCUGCUCUGUGGUUGUGGACGGCGAGGUGAAGCAUUGCGUGAUCUACAGCACGCCGCGAGGCUACGGUUUCGCCGAGCCCUACAACCUGUACAGCAGCCUGAAGGAGCUGGUGCUGCACUACCACCAGACCUCCCUGGUCCAGCACAACGACUCGCUCAACGUGCGCCUCGCCUACCCAGUGUAUGCACAGAUGCCCUCCACGACAGCGCGCAGAUGAAGCCUCCCUCCUGCCCCAGCGUAACCCCCCUCCUCCUCCUCCCCCCUCCCCCACCGGCCCGCACGCACCCACCCCCAGAGCGGGGGAUGCAGGGGGCCCCUCUCCCCCCCCCACCGCC